AUGCCUUCCCACUAUUCCCGUCUCCCCAAUCCCUCUCUUGACGCUGAGCGUGAGCUCGAAGAUGCUUUCGAAUCUGAAAACGAGGACGAUGGGUUCAGUCACUCGGAACGGACUCCCCUGAAUAAUAGUUCGAGCAAUGUCGUAGUACCCGGUGCUUACGACUUUGAAAGAGACUACGACUACCCACCCCCGGGUUCACCACCGGGCCCGUCGGCCUUUGCACUACCCAACGAUUUUGGCAAUACGAAUGGUCAGAUACCAGCUUCCCCAGUAGAGACCCGUUCUGCGCCACGACAACCUUCGUUUUUUCGAAGGGUGGUGGGCGCCGUGCUACCUACACACUACGUUCGUGUCCCUACACAACCAGCAGCACCUUCAGUCAGAGGCGGUGGCACAGAGAAUGAUGGCGUGUUCGCAAAUGUGAUGGCAAAGCCUGGGAGACAGCGGGUGGUCCGGGCGCAUGAUGGAAACGUGCAUAUGGUCCCUGAAGAUAUUCAAAAGGAACCUCCACCAUCGUACAAUGAAGCCCAAGCUGAUGCCGUCCCACCUUACUGGGAAACCACCGUUCACGCACCAGCGGGCCCCGAAUCAGGUUCUGAUAUGAUCAUCGACGACCUUCCUUCGGGCUCUGUCUGGAUGUUCUUUGUCAACAUUUUCAUCUCGUUCUUCUUCCAGAUUAUUGGGUUCAUUCUUACGCAUUUACUGCACACGUCCCAUGCUGCAAAGUUCGGGUCGCGAGUCGGUUUGGGCCUUACGCUCAUUCAAUACGGCUUUUAUUAUCGUUCGAUGGAAUCGGACGACGCGACGGGAGGAGGGGGAGGGGAUGAUGCGAUAACGUGGCCUCCUAUUCCUGUUGAGACACCCGAUAAUACGGAUGCCUCAAAGAUGGCUGUAACAAACCCUGAUGAUGUCCAAGUUAUAUCCGGUCUGUCGAUGAGAGAUUGGAUUUCCUUUAUACUCAUGACCGUUGGUUGGUUCCUUGUACUAUCAUCCACCGUUGGUUUCUGGCGCGUUAAGCGCUGGGAAACCUCUAUCCGUUCUACUACCACCCCCCCUGAGCGCCCUCAAGUCACCACUCGUGAGGAAGUCGAGCGUGAUAUCGCUGUUCGUCGGAAUCUGGAGUCUGUGUUUGGGGUGGCGUUUGACUGA